CGGAGGGCUCGUCAUCCACCACUACCAUGUAAGGGCCAUGAGAAGGGCUCGUCCUGGCGCAGCGCGGACAUGGAGGAGGACUUAUUCCAGCUAAGGCAGCUGCCGGUUGUGAAAUUCCGUCGUACAGGCGAGAGUGCAAGGUCAGAGGACGACACGGCUUCAGGAGAGCAUGAAGUCCAGAUUGAAGGGGUCCGCGUGGGCCUAGAGGCUGUGGAGCUGGAUGAUGGGGCAGCUGUGCCCAAGGAGUUUGCCAAUCCCACCGAUGAUACUUUCAUGGUGGAAGAUGCGGUGGAAGCCAUUGGCUUUGGAAAAUUUCAGUGGAAGCUGUCUGUUCUCACCGGCUUGGCUUGGAUGGCUGAUGCCAUGGAGAUGAUGAUCCUCAGCAUCCUGGCGCCACAGCUGCAUUGCGAGUGGAGGCUCCCAAGCUGGCAGGUGGCACUGCUGACCUCGGUGGUCUUUGUAGGCAUGAUGUCCAGCUCCACGCUCUGGGGAAAUAUCUCAGAUCAGUACGGCAGGAAAACAGGACUGAAGAUCAGUGUGCUGUGGACUCUGUACUACGGCAUCCUUAGUGCUUUUGCGCCCGUGUACAGCUGGAUCCUGGUGCUCCGGGGCCUGGUGGGCUUCGGGAUCGGAGGAGUCCCCCAGUCGGUAACGCUCUAUGCCGAGUUCCUUCCCAUGAAAGCCAGAGCUAAAUGCAUUUUGCUGAUUGAGUGGCUGCCGGAAAGUGCAAGGUAUGAUGUGCUGUCAGGGAACCAGGAAAAGGCAAUUGCCACCUUAAAGAGGAUAGCGAUGGAAAACGGAGCUCCCAUGCCACUGGGGAAACUCAUCAUCUCCAGACAGGAAGACCGAGGCAAAAUGAGGGACCUUUUCACGCCCCAUUUUAGAUGGACAACUUUGUUGCUGUGGUUUAUAUGGUUUUCCAACGCAUUCUCUUACUACGGGUUAGUUCUACUCACCACAGAACUCUUCCAGGCAGGAGAUGUCUGCAGCAUCUCCAGCCAGAAGAAGGCAGUAGAGGCAAAAUGCAGCCUGGCCUGUGAGUACCUGAGCGAGGAGGAUUACAUGGACUUGCUGUGGACCACCCUCUCUGAGUUCCCAGGUGUCCUUGUGACUCUGUGGAUUAUUGACCGCCUGGGGCGCAAGAAGACCAUGGCCCUGUGCUUCGCCAUCUUCUCCUUCUGCAGCCUCCUGCUGUUUAUCUGUGUUGGAAGAAAUGUGCUCACUCUGUUACUCUUCAUUGCAAGAGCGUUUAUUUCUGGAGGCUUUCAAGCGGCAUAUGUUUACACACCUGAGGUCUACCCCACGGCAACACGGGCCCUCGGCCUGGGCACCUGCAGUGGCAUGGCAAGAGUGGGUGCUCUCAUCACUCCGUUCAUUGCCCAGGUGAUGCUGGAAUCCUCUGUGUACCUGACUCUGGCGGUUUACAGCAGCUGCUGCCUCCUGGCUGCCCUGGCCUCCUGCUUUUUGCCCAUCGAGACCAAAGGCCGAGGACUACAGGAGUCCAGCCACCGGGAGUGGGGCCAGGAGAUGGUCGGCCGAGGAAUGCAUGGUGCAGGUGUCACCAGGUCGAACUCUGGCUCUCAGGAAUAGUGACUGAUGGGGGACUGAGCUGGUCUUUGAGGCUGCAGAGCUCGGGGGGCUGGCAGGCCCCAACUGGGGCACUGAUUGCCAACAUCAAGAACUCACCCAAGAGUAUGUCCUGGACCAACAGGGUUUUGUGUCUUGACUCAGUUUGCUCAUAUUCAUUGAGGUCCACCCAGGGGUGGGGAGGUAUUUGCUCUAGGGGGUUCUCUGUAUAUGUGGGGAAAGGUUUGUUCAUAACCUGUGGAUCUGCGUGGGAAAACUACCCAUAUUAGGAGGGUCUGGUGAUGCCAGCAACUAAUCAGACACCACCCAGAGUCACCUGGCCACACCCUCGGUGAAAUAACCAAAAGAUCUCUCUGUAGAUACCGUCCAGGCCCAGGCCCAUGUGACACCUGCCAGCCACCCACCGGACCUGUUCAGUAGGUUUCUCCCACACCCACAGCCCCAGGCUUUCUUCUUUGAAAUUGCAGGUGAUCUAGGUGUGGUCUCAGCAGCUAUUUCCUGGCAGGGCCCCCUCUGUUUGCCUCCCUAGAGCCUGACCAGUGAAUUCUCUGGCAGAUGGACAUUGUGCAUUCAAACUGGAGCCACCUGCCCCAACCCAGGCCCCUCUGGAGUUGCCGUUGUUGGCGCCAAGAGAUCCAGAUGUGUCCCUGGGGACAGCUGGACUUGCACUGGGUGACAACCUCAGGAAUCUGUUACCCCCUGGGAACUGAGGACUGAGGUCAAAGGAAAGUGAAUCAAGUUCAAGCCAGAGCACGGGCCUCCCCUUCUGAAGCAGCCAAGGCCACGGUUGGGCUUCUUUCCUGACCCCUUCCUUGGUCAGGCUGAAUGGUGACUUUUUUUUUUUGGAGACAGAGUCUUGCUGUGUCACCCAGGCUGGAGUGCAGUUGCACGAUCUUGGCUCAAUGCAACCUCCGCCUCCCGGGUUCAAGCAAUUCUCCUGCCUCAGCCUCCCAAGUAGCUGGGAUUACAGGUGCCCACCACCAUGCCCGGCUGAUUUUUGUAUUUUUAGUAGAGACGGGGUUUCACUAUGUUGGCCAGGCUGGUCUUGAACUCCUGACCUCAAGUGAUCUGCCCACCUUGGCCUCCCAAAGUUCUGGGAUUACAGGCGUGAGCCACCACACCCGGCCUGAAUGGUGACUCUUGAUGGGAAAAAGCUUACUCAGGUCCCAGGCACAAAAUCCAAAAUCCAGGGCUUUGGGUUUUGUGUAGAUGGCUGAAUGGGCAGAGAAACCAAAAGGAUGCUACACCCACCAUCUCGUCCCGUGGGGAUGCAAAGCUGCUCCUCUGUCCAGGGCCUUCUUGGUCAUUACACAAAGGCAGCCCCUGGGGUUCCACUCAUAGAGCCUGGCAUGGAGUGGAGAGGGGCGGGAGGACUCAGGUGUGUGAAAUGUGUAUGUUUUCAAAGAAACGGGAGGGAGGCCAACUGGGUUUUGAGUUGGUCUCUGCAGGCAACGUCACUUCCGGGGAUAGUUUACUGAAGCCUUUUUUGCCCAUGGUGAAGGCAGGGGACCUAGACAAGGAGGGAGGGAGCUGGCAGAUCCCAUCAAAGGCUGGAGCAGACUGACCUACUGCUUGAAGUAAACAUUGCAAGGAAGCCAACGUGUGUGUUCAUCUCCUAUUAAAACAUGUCAGUGAUGGACAUCGCAAGAGUCUAAGUUUAUUCAUUGUCAUCACGUCCUAGUGACAGUCCAGCCUAACGGUCUAGCUACCUUUGCUCAUCGGAACUCAUCUCAAUGCUUUGGGAUGAUCAUCUCCUUUCCAACAGUGGGGAAAGAUGCACCGUUGACUGCCAACAUUGUGGCUGAGCCUGUUGGAGACAAUGCUUUCUUCUAAUGGUGUGCAGGUCAUGAUGGGGGACUUCUUCAAGCUCAAGUUCUAGAUCAAUUGCAAACAAUACUGUGUCUCUAACAUAUGGAUUACAGCCCCCUCGGCCCAGGCAGUUGGAGAGGAGGCGGCUUGGCAGAUCCCUUCCUCUCUCUGACAACCACAUUUUCUUGAACCACGUGUGGCUGUAGCUCGCAUUAUUUCUGGACAGCUGAGCUCUCUUGGGUAACACAGAACUGUUGCUUGUCUCUUUUGCCUUCCGGCUGGUCAGAUACUGCUGGAUGAUCGUGUCUGCUCCCUCACCCUAGAAUAACCCAGUGAGCUGGGGGCUGGUGGGGGAAGAGUACUUGGUGGGCAGGAAUAUUUCCCAGGGACUGGGGUAAAGGGGUUUACCCUUGAGGGCGUUCUCUACAUGAGAAAAUGAAAGUUAAAAACUCUUUGCCUUCUAAAUAGCCUGCCCUUUU